UUGACUCGACUCGGCUCUCUUUGGGAUUUUCUGCUGGCUACGAUCUGGCAUCAUUUCUUCAUUCUUCAUCACAGCACUGAGUUUUCGUCAAGACCCACUCCACUGGCCUUUGCUCUCACCACCUGGCUACUAGCUAGCAUCGGCUGUCCUCGAAUACUCACUGAAUUGAUACUUUCCUCGAAGCAUCUGGCAAGAAAAAGAGUUGCAAGAAGCAGAGAUUCCUCUCAACCCAUUUUUCAGAACAAUCAACGAGUUUUUCUUCCUCAUCCCGUGCAUCCCAACUUCCGUGUUUCUUUCCUUCCACCCGUCCACCCAGGCACAAUGACAGACCUCCAACAGGCUCCCACCGAAUACGAGUACCUCAAAUUGGAAGAGGAUACCCACCACGAAUCUGCUUCUGAUGUGUCCAACCACGACGAAGCAACCAACAAUCGUAAUGCCCCCUCUAUGCCUCUAUUUGCCUCUUUCAAGAACCACUCUUUGAUAAUCGGGCUACUUGUUGGAUUUUUCGUUCAGUUCUCCACCCUUGGUGCCAACUUUCUGGUGAUUGCUUUGUGGGAAAAUGACCUCAUGACAAGGUCCAAGACGGAGAUCAUUCUGCUUAGUUUGGUAUGGAGUGCCUUUACAUCCUUCAUGGCGAUUUUGACAUUGGGUUUCUUGAGAUCUGUCAUUACAAUUGUCUUUGAGGCAUCCCUGCCUCCAUCUCAUCGCCAUCAUGAUCAAAAUGCACUUCUCGAAGAAGUGAUUUUGCAUCUGGAAUGCCGCUUUGUCGUGGGCGCCCUUGUGGGAGUUUGCUUGGCAUGGACUGUCACCGAUAUCUUGUUGGGAAUGAAUAUCCAGAUUCUCUUCAGUGUCGUGACCUUGGCCAUUUCCUUGUUGUGGUGCAAGUUGAUGAUGUAUUGCUUCACCAAGGAGGAUGACCAGAUCAUGAUGGAUGGCGAAAACUCAAUUGCGACCAAGGUGGCAGCAGAAGACGACGAACAUACCAUUUUGUUGGUGUGAAAGUUGACGCCUGUCUCCUAACAACGCAAUCAAGCAAUGAAUCAACAUUACCGGUAAACUACAAAAUCGACAGGAAUCUUCAAUCCCAGCUCCGUUGGCUGGGAGGAGCAAAAUCUGGCUACCAGUUUCCCUUUUGACACAACACAGAAAGUGUCUUUUUCAAGAACUAAACCUUUACAUAUAAUCUUACAUAGGCGAAUCCAUUAACCAUU